CGUCCCUCCCCCCUUUCCCUUGAAGCCCUUUGCCUUCUAGACCCCAGACCAGCCAAGACCCAGUGCCAUCUCCGACCUCUCUCCCCGCUGACGUGCGCUCGGGAAAGGCAACCGGCACUCGGAAGGGGAAGCCGAGAAGACCAUUCGGGGGGAUUUAAAAGGCUGGAAGGAUAUGGUCGGUUGUUCUGGAUGCCUCGGACAAAGGUGCUGGGUCUUCCUCUUCCCCUGACCCACAGAGAGCAGGAUGAGUGGCCUACUUGCCCGGUGAUGACACCAUGAAGAGCUACCAUGGGGACCGCAACCAGUCACGAGAACACCCUUGCCACUGCAUCCCAGAGGCCUGCGACCAGCCAAUGGAAUACAUCCACCAUAGCCAGGAAUCUCGCCAGCCAUACCUCCUCAGUCCCAGUGAGCCUUAUUCCUUGGACCACUACUGCUCAUCCCGGAGCUCUGCUGACCCUCCCCUCAGCCUAACUGAACCACUUUCUGCUGCCAGCAGUAGCAGCACCUUUCCUAGAAUGCACCACACACCUCAACAGUACGACUCCUGUGACGAGUGCAUGGCGGCCGCCCAUCCUUCCGGCAAGAUCAACCGGCUGCCCCCCACUCUCCUGGACCAGUUCGAGAAGCAGCUGCCUCUUCACCACGACGGCUUCCACACCCUGCAGUACCAGCGGGCCAGCAGCACAGAACAGCCACGCAGUGAGAGUCCCAGCCGCAUCCGGCAUCUCGUCCAUUCCGUCCAGAAGCUCUUUGCCAAGUCACAUUCCCUGGAAGCCCCAUCCAAGCGGGAGUACAACGGCACCAAGAUGGAAGGGCGGGGCACCGAGGGAGGGUACCACCACCACCACCCUCACCACCACCGCCAGUCGCGGCACGGCAAGCGUAGCAAAAGCAAAGACCGGAAGAUGGAUUCCUCGUCGUCUUCUUCCCGCCAUCGGAACAAGAUGAUGGGCUGGUGGAGCUCUGAUGAUAACCUGGACAGUGAUAGCAGCUACAUGGUGUCCGGAAGACAACAUGCUGUUGACCAGAGCACCCAGUACUGUGUGGACACCCCUGAAAGUGCCUUCCGAGACUUGACUUUGAAGGGUCUCAAAAGUGGAGGUGGAGAAGGCAAGUGUUUAGCCUGUGCAGGAAUGUCCAUGUCCUUGGAUGGCCAGACUCUCAAGAGGAGUUCUUGGCAUACGAUGACGGUCAGCCAAGCACGGGAGGCUUAUCCCAGCUCAGGAGGAGGCCCAGAAAAAGCCUUGAUGCUUCAAGAGGCCAAGGCCAAGGAUCGGUCCUAUCAUUAUCUUCAGGUGCCACAGGAUGAUUGGGGAGGAUACCCAACAUCGGGGAAGGACGGCGAGAUCCCUUGUCGACGGAUGCGGAGUGGCAGCUACAUCAAGGCCAUGGGAGAUGAUGAUAGUGGGGACUCAGAUACCAGCACCAAAGUGUCUCCCAAGGAGGUGGCCCGGCGUGAGGCAUACCGCCGUUCAUCCAGCGUAGAUCAGGCCAGAACCAAGUUUGCAAGUAGACACUAUUCUGACUCAUAUAUCUGUAACUGUCCCAGCUGCUGCACACCACCCCGAAUCCGGCCACGGGGACAAGGGUAUGGACGUUCCUUCACCACUGGGCAGAUCAAUGAUGAGUUGAACCAUCAGUUUGAGGCUGUGUGUGAGUCUGUUUUCGGAGAGGUGGAGUCCCAGGCUGUGGAGGCUUUGGAUCUGCCCGGUUGCUUCCGCAUGCGCAGCCAUAGUUACCUGCGGGCUAUUCAAGCUGGCUGCUCCCAGGACGAUGACUGCCUCUCUCUCUUCACCAUGGCAACAACCACUCACCAGCCUGGCCAACCUCUCACCAGCAGCAUCCUCAAGCCAAGCACCUCUUUUAGUUACCGGAAAGCUCCACCAGCCCUCCCUUCAGGAAUCAAAGCCAAGCCCCUCAUUGCUGUUACAGCCCAAAGCAGCACCGAAUCUACCCAUGACAGUUUCCUGCCCAGAGAGAUCAACCGAAGCUCAUCCUGGGCCAAAGAGGCCACCAAGCACUGCAACUCUUCUGAGAGUUUAGAAAGCACCAAGAUCACUGCCAUGUCUCUGGAUUUGCCUUCGGUCCAACCCCGGACUUCCCCCAAACCUUCCACCCUUAUCAUCAGGACGAUUCCAGGGAGGGAAGAGCUAAGAAGUUUGGCUCGCCAGAGGAAAUGGCGUCCAUCUAUCGGUGUUCAGGUGGAAACGAUAUCCGAUUCUGACACCGAAAGCCGAAGCUGUCGAGAGUUCCACUCCAUCGGUGUUCAAGUGGAAGAAGAUAAACGGCGUGCUCGGUUCAAGCGGUCCAACAGUGUGACAGCAGGGGUGCAGGCUGACUUAGAGCUGGAAGGCUUGGCUGGGCUGGCCGUGGCCACCGAGGACAAGGCCCUUCAGUUUGGACGAUCCUUCCAGCGGCACUCCUCCGAGCCCGAAUCCACGCGGCAAUAUUCCGUCUACAAAACCGUUCACACGCAAGGGCAGUGGGCCUAUCGGGAGGACUACCAGAUGCAAUACGACACGGUGGAAGUGCCACGACAGGAGUCCUGGAUGGACCGAGGUUCCCGGAGCCUGCCAGAUUCUGGCCGAGCGUCGCCUUGCCACCGGGACGGCGAGUGGUUCAUCAAGUUAUUGCAGGCCGAGGUGGAAAAGAUGGAAGGCUGGUGCCAGCAGAUGGAACUGGAGGCAGAAGAUUACGAUCUGCCGGAAGAGAUUCUUGAGAAGAUCCGUAGUGCGGUUGGCAGUGCCCAGCUCCUGAUGAGCCAGAAAGUCCAGCAGUUUUACCGACUCUGCCAGCAAAAUAUGGAUCCCAAUGCUUUCCCCAUUCCCACUUUCCAGGAUCUGGCUGGAUUCUGGGAUCUCCUGCAGCUCUCAAUUGAGGAUGUCAGCAUGAAGUUUGCCGAACUUCAGCAACUCAAAUCUAACGGGUGGAAGCCCAUUGAGGCUAAGCAGGAGGAAAAGAAGGUGCCUCCGCCGAUACCAAAGAAGCCACCACGCUCCCGGCUGCACCCGGUGAAGGACCGAUCUCUGGACUCUGUGGACCGGCAGAGACAAGAAGCUCGCAAGAGGCUCUUGGCGGCCAAGCGGGCUGCCUCCUUCCGCCAGAGCUCAGCUACUGAGAGCGCGGACAGCAUCGAGAUCUACAUCCCAGAGGCCCAGACCAGACUGUGAGGGUUGGGGUCACCUUUUCUAACCCUCCGCCAGGCAGAGCGCACAGCAUUCUGGGGAUCUGCUGGCUAUGUUCCACAGUUUCUUUCAAGAGAGAAACAUAAGGAUCUACCCUGUCUCUACUUUUUUUAAAAAAAAGAAGAAGAAGAACUUCUGAGAAAUCCAUGAACUUCAUACAAGACAGUUGAGAAAACUAAGGUUCUGGCCCUUACACUCAUCCCUCUCAGCAGGACUUGGCAACAACCAGCCUAUAUCAUAAGCUGUCCUCGGAUCCAUCAGGACCCUCAUCUCCUUCCCUUCCUCUUCUUAUCAUCUUUGCCUCCUGUUCCAUCAGCGGGCAUUAUCCCUUCCACUUUAAAUCAACCCCGUAUAUGAGCUUUUCUCACUGUCCUGCAGGCUCGGGCCCCCUCCCACGACCCCCGUUCACUCCACCUCCGUGGGUUCUAGACCCAUCAAUAUUUAUAUUAAAAAAAAUAUAUAUGUAUAUGUACUUCUAUAAAUAUAACCGAAAGGGCAGAAACUGCCCCCAAGACCACA